UAGGUGAACUGUGUGUCAAUGAAACGUGCGUUAGUGGUUGGUCUCGUGCGAUAAAAUCGCAAAACAAAGAUUUUUUAGAGUUAACUUGUAGGUGUCAUUAAUGACAUGUAUAAAUUAAUUGAAAACACAAUAGCUCAAUUGAUUGUGGUUGUAUCGCGUACAUAGUGGAGACCACAUUAUUCAGUUCAUGGCGGCGCCAGAUGUUUGGUUAGCAUGAGCGACGUGAUGACUCAGAAACCAAUAUUUGUGAUAAAGCAAUUAGAAUGUAGCCUAGAAACUAAAAAGAGAACAAUGUAACCGAGUGUAGAUAGUCACUUCGUUACCCUUUUUAAUUGACAUUCAAAUUAAUAAAAUGACGACAAUGGAGAGUGAUGGGGCAGAUGAUGUCGAUGACAUGGAUGUUCUGGAAGCAGAAACUGUUUAUUUGUUUAUGAAAAAGGAAUAUAGAAUAUCUCGUAGUGUGCGUGCACAGUGGUUUUUAGAUCAUUUAAAUACAACAAUUACCGUUGAGCCUCAUACAACAGUGGAUAAUUGCAAAGAAGAAUUGACUGUUAUUUCUGUGAUUCCCAACCAACCUCCAUUACAUUGGAAAGUUGAAACUAGUCAUUUGUACAAAUAUCUCAUAACGUCUCACACCUCAUUAAUGUUUCUUGGUCAUAAGUAUAGAAUAGUUUAUUGUCUGGAUAUGAGCCCAUCUCUUUCAGCUGUGGAUAUCCAACACGGCGAAAUUAUGAUUGAUGAAAUGUUCCUGUCAUUGAAAGCAAGUUUAGAUGGUUUGACAAGGCCAGUUCUAGUGCAAGGUUGGCAAGUAUCGCCUCAAAACUUGUGCGAGUUUCUGGAAGCAAUAAAAGGACAAUUGGAACGACUCGAAGACACCGUUGCUGAAGUAGCUGGAGUUGUGCAUGAGCAGUUGGAAGCCCUAAGAGCUGAAUCUGAAAAACUUGUGGGAGGCUUAUUUGAAGAAAAUUUUGAAAUGGUUCCUCCUCCAGCAGCUCAUAUCCCAAUGGUCAGCCCUGACUCUGGUUUCAUCAACAUGUUACGAUAUGGAAUGUUGGCACUUCGCUUAUUACCUGAAAGUAGUUGUGCAAAUUUAAUCAUUUUAACUGAUGGCAUCAUAGCUGUACCAGAUGUUCAUGUUUUUGACUCAGUACUUACUCAGCUACGAACCAAUACAGUAGCCUGCUCCUUUCUUCAUGUUGGCAGUCUGUUUCAUCCCCAGUGCUGUAAAGGAAUGGUACCUUACGCAGAUCUUAUGCAUUUCAUUGCAACAGCAACAUUUGGCACAUACAUGACCACUAUUCCAGAAAUUACAUCUGUUUCGGAAAAUCAAAUGAACAUGUAUCACAGAGCUUUUCUUUCAUGGAACUUUUCCAAACAUACUACUGAGUUAGACAUCGACUUUGGAUUUCCCCAGAGAACUGGAGAAUGGCAUGUCAGUAAUACAUGUUUUUAUGGUAUUCGGGAGCCUUUGUUGCUUAGAAAGAAGCAAAUGGAGGAUAAUCUGUCUACGUCACUACCUCGAUUAUUGUGCUGCCGCCUUCGAGAAGGAUACACAAUAAGACAUAUUUCAGUUACAGAUAAUCGUAUUGAAAUAAGUAUGAUCCUUCCAUGGAAAAAUCAUGUAUACAUUGAGUAUGCUAUUACAUCACAGUUACCAUCUGGAAAUCAGAAUACUGGUUCUGGAGUUGUUCAUUAUUCUGUUUGCAUUGAAGCUCCUUAUGAAUUUUUGCAUGAUAUUACAUGCUUAUUGAAGAAGCCUUUUAAAUCUCCAUAUCGGCAGGCUGUGGUGUCAAGAUUCUGGGCAACUUUAAAAAAUUUAAAUCAGUCAGACCAGUUGCUUGUUCAUCUAAAUUCAUUUCAUACUAAUCCAGCAUCCUACACUGUACCUGAAGGCAUUCGGAGUGGUAUGCCUGUGUUUUACUUGCCCCUCAACUCAAGUGUUCCUGUUUUGUCUUCCAGCGAUAUGACUAGUUCUCAAUUUGCUCAGUUCUGGCUUCCUGUGUGUACAUUAGAACCAGCAAUUUGGCAGAAAUGGCUUCAUACUGAAAGACUUGGUCUAGUGUUGCUUCAUGAUCAUCCUUUGCCAAGACACUUACAUUUACCAAAUACUAGUGGUCGUUUUCAAGUGGUGCAAUGCAGACAAGCAGCUGCGGCUCUGAAUUCUUUACUCAAAGAUUGGAGCACCUUUGUUCUCAUUGAAAACCACACAUAUGUGAAGUUAAUACCAAGUGAUGCUGACAAACCACCUAUGUCAUUUUAUAUCAUCCGUGUAACUUCCAAACCUCCGUGUGUGGUAAUUAACAUGGCCUUUUUGGGUGGUACCUCUGGAUUAUUGCGUUAUGAGGUUAUACAGGAAUUGAAGAAACACAUUGCUUCACUGAAAUUACCUCCAAGGCCUUCAAAUAAAGAAUCGUUACCUAGAAAGGUGUCUGUUAUCAAACCAUCAUCUCCAUCGCGCACUGCAGGACAGAAUGGUCACUCGCCUGUUUUGCGAACUUGGUCUGACAUUUCUUGUUGUAUUUUGCUCAGGAAACCUGUUGAGAAGAUUCUUAUAAGGUAUGAGCGUAUGCCUUCAGAUUUUGGAACAGUUGUUUUUCCUGACGGAACUCAGCCCAUUUGUAUCAAUAAGCAUCAUAUUAUAUCUGCAUAUGGAAUGGCAGGACCCAAUUCGAGUGCGGGAAGUGGCCUGUUAACAACUUUGUCCAGAUAUCUUCAUCAUCGGCGUUGGAUAUGGGCCGCUCAGGACAGUGCGGAGGCUUCAUUGGGAAUUCCUGCUGUUGCUCGUAUUCUCUCCACAAUAACUAAAAUGAGACUUCAGGAAGGUUUUAACUUUGCACAUUCCACUUCAGGGAUCAUUAAUAUGGUUUUGGAAGUACAAAUGAAGGGAGGGACUGACAUACCUGAUGUACCAAGCGAGACAGAUGAGGAAGAAACUGGAAUAUUUCCUUGUGUCAUUCAAUAUGUUUUGUUUCCUCCACAUACAACAUCUACUAGUGCAAGAGAAAGUUGCACUGAUGAUGAUGAAGAUGAUGAUGCUACCACAGAUGACCGUAAUGCUCGAAAUGACCAAGAAAAUGAGGGAGAACUUCAAAUUAUAACUGAAUGUUGGAUUGAACCUCAGCAUGGCACAGUUGUAAACAGUCCUCCUGAACGUUACUUUAUGGAGGGCCUGCCUUACUAUAUGUUGGCUGACGUGAUUUGUCAAGUAGAUGCUGAAUGUAUUUCUUCCUUGCUAACAUUUGAACAUCUCAGUUUGAUGUGUCGAAAUACAAGCGUACCAUCGCCAGUGAAAGUACCUGACACUCCAAAAGUUGAAAUUGUUGAAGACAAUAAACAAGAUUCCAAUCGACCAAGUUCAGCUGUACCAUCACCAGUUGAAAAUGCUGCUCCUCUUUUGACACAGACAGAUAUGCCAAACAAGCUUCUAUAUGAUAUGCUGUACGAACAUUUCAAAAAAUUAAAUAACAAAGAAUUAUAUCUAAGUGCAGAAGAUUCACAAAGAUUUUUACACAUAUUACUUAAUAGGGAGAGAGAAGGAGCUGAUAUCCCUUUACCAAUACCAAAACUUGCUGGAAAAUCUGUUCCAGGACAAGAAGAAGGAUUGUCGUGUGCAGGAAGCCCUGGCUCUGAAGGAACAGUUUGUGACAAAACCCCAAUAAAUUUAAAAACUGUUCCUAAAUGGAGAUGUUUUCUGAAAGGUAUAAGUGUAACUCAUGUUAUGCUGACAUUUGUUCCUGCUAGUUUCGUAGACCUGAAGAUGCUAAUGGUAACAAAAGAGACUUUGUCUGGUGCUCAUUCAAGUGCUGUCAAGUUUGUUUCCCCAACUCAUCCUAAAGUUUUGGAACGUCCAUUGUCUUUGGAGAAUCCUGAAUCCAGCCAUGAUCAUAAUAAUCAAAGUGAACAAGGGAAAGAAUCAAGCUUUGAUCGAAUCAAUCCAUGUGUUGAAGCUGUUCACCUUGCUUUAUCUGAAUUAAUUGGUGAUAGAAAUAUAAGCAUGACACCAACUUCUAGUGCAAGUGCUGCACACUUGUCUCGAAGUUCAUCUUGUGAUACCGGACAAGUAACUGGCCAGAUUCCCCUAGUCAGUAGACUUCAUUCUGAUGCUGGCUCUCCUUUGCCUCAACGAGAUUUUAUAUUUGACACUCCUUUCCGCAUGAGAGCCAGCUCAUGGGAUACUGUGAAACGUCCUGUUCUUGUGGAUGUAAGUGAACAAGCAUUGGACCGUCUUCGUGCGGGAUCAAUGGAUUCUAAGACCAGAAGAGUAAGACCAUUUCUUUGUUCAAGUGUUCAGUUAAAAGAUUCUAAAAGUGACACUUUGUUAAAAUUGAAACGUGAAAGUGAUUUGAAGAAAUCGCCGCCUAGAAUUUCUCCAAAAGGUUCUCCUCGAAAAUCAUCCUCCAAAUCUUCUCCUCGGAAAUCUUCAAUAGACAAAGUGUCUUUAUUAUCAGAUCUCAACGAUGGAAAUAAUGCAGAUGGCAAAAGUCCUUUAAAAUCAAAUCUCAUGCCCAAUUUAGGUGCAAUAACUUUGCCAAUUUAUGUGUAUGAUUGUCCACUUGCUCUAUUAAUGGAAGCAAUUGUUUUCAAAGAUUCUUCCGUUAAAAUGAAAGAUGUAUAUGAUGAUAGACGAUUUAAAUUGGAAGAUGAAGCAAAAAUUCAUUAUCACGUUGAUGAAGAAAUGCAUAGGUCAAGGAAGAGGGAGAUGGAGGAACGGCCUCAUGUGAUAUCAAACAUACAUCUAAGUCCUGAACCGGUUUCAGAUGAUUCUGAAUCUGCAGUUCAUAAACCAAACCUCCUCCACUAUUGUAAAAUUCUGAGUUUAGCCUACAGCAAAUGUUUUGUUUUUACUCUUUUUAAAUCUCUUCACAUGGCACAUGAUGUACAUUCAAUUGAUGUUCAAGCAGCUGUGGAUGAAUGUGAAGAAACCCUAAUUGACAUUGAUAUUACAGAUUAUUUAAAGACGGUGUGUGGGCACUUAAAAGACUUCCGCAUACAAAUGAAAAUGAAUGAAAUGAAGCAUAAUAGUGCUGCGAAUAGUCCAAAUCAUGGGUAUCUUGUCUCACCAGCUGCAAAUAUUGGCAUCACUGCUCCCACCAUGGUAGCUACUUCUUCUCCAUAUGACACAACAACUUCUAACAUCACCACUCCCACUGCUGCCACCACCACCACCGCUGCCACCACCACCAUCUCUACCUCCACUUCCAUCUCCAUUUCGACUGCCACCACCUCCACCAGCACUGCUCCUCCUGUUGUAGGCACUUCAGAUACUUGCCCUGGAAGUUUAAGUAACAUCUCAAUUUCUAAAAUUAUUGAUCAAGUUUCUUCUCUACCUGUUGCUGAUGGAAUAAAGCAAGAAAAUGCUGAUUCAGUAUGUGUGCCAUCUCAACAACCAACUGCCAGCUCUUCAGAAUUUGAUAUAUUUCAAGAUGCUUCGUGCAAUUUACAAGUUUCUGAUUUAUCCUCUCAAUCUGCGGAUAAUGUCCAAAAAUUGUUAAAGAAGGAAGUUGGGAUUGUUUUGGUAGAAAGUCAGUCUUGUGACCCAAUUUCAUCUCAAGAACAAAAGACUGUUCACAAAGUGUCUGUUCCAGUUACUUCACCUGAAUCUGUGCCUUUGUUAGAAAAUGAAUCUCCUUCACAGAAAUCCACCUCAGGGAAUAGCAUUCAAAUGGUUGGAGAAAGUGAGAAAGUAAAAGAAAGCUAUGGGGGAAUUACUGCUGAUGAAAUGGAAAUGAAGUUUCCAGUUUCAUUGUUACAGCUUCACUUCCCUUGUCGAGAUUUGAAACAGCUCCACAGAAUGAUAAAAGACAAAUUCAUGUCCAUCUUGAUGACCUCUUUCAAACCAGUUCCAUCUUAUCCUGAGUUCUAUUUUUGUGCUCCUUAUUGGGACAAGAUACAGCAGGAUGAAGCAGUAGCUGAUUUGAGUAAGCCCCAAGUAAUAGAGACUGAAGACGAAGUUGAUAAAUUAACAUAUUCCGGUAUUGUGGAGUUUAGAUCUGACCAUGAAAGUAUUCUAGGUCAAGAGGCUCCAGAUGAAACACGCACAUCUUUAUUAUCUAAUGUUGAUUCUGAUAGUUUAAGUGAACUUCAAGAUGAUAUAUCUGAAGAAGUUUCACCAUUGUUCUUACAUCUCACUUGUACAUUACGUUGCAAAGACAAGAUUGGUAGUUGCUCAGUUCGUAUGUUACCAACUUGUCUUGGUGAGUUAAUUCAAGCAUUAGAAUUGAAUGAAGCAGAGUUAAGUCUGAAUCAUCUUCAAGUUACUCUAGAUGUAUUGUGCUUGACAUUACCCCCUGAUGUGGAGAGUGUCACGGCAGAGAAAGGCCGUUUGGAAAUGAGGAAUACAUCACUGUGUAGUACUUCUCCACCUCCAGCAGAAGAUGAAGCAAACCUUGCUACCUCAGCUAGUGGAAGUCUUAUUUCUAUGCAACAAUAUGUAGAUGAAGCAGUCCCAGCUGACAGACUGAAACAUUUACCAGAUUAUCAGCAUAAAGCUGUUACUACUUGUGUAGAGGAGAUACAAUGGUUAAUGAGAGAUGAAAUUGCUGCAUUUCUACUUGACAUAUUUCCAUUGCAAGAACAGACUUUGAGUUUAGUUGCUGAUCAUGUUGCAAGCUCCCCUGGUCGAGCUAGCUGUUUAAUGGAAAAGGUUCCAUUACAGUUUGUUUUUGGUCCAGAACAGAGUUUGGAAAGAUUUUUACAGGAGUUUUGCAAGUUAAAUGUUAAUGGUUAUCAUUUGAAGCAAGUUGGUUGCCUCUAUUAUCUAGUGAAAGAUAAGCAGAUGACCGGGAGGAAAAAAACAAGUUCCUUGAUUCCACCAUUGGGCAUGAAGAAUUUGUACCAGCCACAUAUGGAGGAUUCUACAGAAUUAUGGAAUGAUGUUACUCGUUUGCAUAUUCCUAUUUCCAGUGAUGAAAAUGGAGUUCUUCAAAGUUAUACCUACACAACUCUCGAAACAUGCCCUAGUGAAGAUGAUCCAAAGCAAAAUUUCGUAUCAAGUUCUCCUAAAAGAUCUAAGUUACAAGGUGUUGCUGAAGUGUCUAUUCCUCCUGAAGAUAGUGAUAGUGAUGAUGAAUCGAUGCAAUCUUCCCAUGAUGAUAGACCAGUUUCAGCCUUGAAGCGUAGUCAGAGUUGUGGAAUUAAUACUGGAAAGCGUGAAGAAGUAAUUGCGUUGGAACCAGAACUUUCUCCUGCUCGAUGGAGUUCUGUAUUAGCAUGGCAACGAAGACAACAAGGAACACCAGGCUAUCGAAGUGAAGUAUCCAGUUUAGUGGAAAGUGCUCAUGGUACAGAAGAUGGUUAUGAAGGUGAUAGCAGUGAUUCUGCCGAGGAAAAUGAUUGGUUAGAAGACCUUGAGACUUGUCGACCUUCGCUGCCCAAUUUUUGGCUUAUUAUGCGAGUUGAUAAAGAUGCAGUCACAACUUAUUUCCAUUGCAGGUGUCUUGAAAUAGAAGCCAAAGAAGUUCAUCGCAGUGUGAUUGCAUGCAUUAAAAGCCUGUGUAAGGUUGUGAAUCAAACAAUGUUAUUGCAAAAUCUUCAUGAUACCCGAAUGUGUGACCAGUUGUUGGAACCAGAAUCUAGCGAAGAUAUUUGGAAAAACAACCCUGAUGCUCCUCCUCGUGACAACACAUUCACACGCAUGAAAUCAUUUGAUGAUUCAACAGAUAACGAGUACCAAGGUAGCUACCUUGAAGCAACAAUGAAGUUCCGACCUGGUUGGUUUGCCUGUAAUGUUGUUUGGGAAACACAUUUUUGUUUACAUCCCCGCUUGAAAACUGGACCUGGGAAGUCUUUGUUUUCUCGUGGUAUACAAGCAUUAAGAAGUGUCCUUAAUCGAUUCUCGGUUAAUAAUAGAAAAAAUAUGUUUGUUUAUCAAGAUAUUUCUGGAAAUGUCUUUUAUCUCAGAUUACAUGAAAACUUUCGAUGGUUGACUAAACUCACACCAACGGGUACCUCAGGUUCUCUUGGCCCAGGUCGUUCAGAUACUGAGGAAAAUUCUCCAGGUGCUGUGUCCCGCAGUUCUUCUGUCACUUCUCUCACUGCAAGUGCACGCAAAACAUCAACCAUCACCAAUGAUGAAACACUUCUUCAAGCUCAGGCAGAAACUCGGCCGAGAAUUAGAUCCUUUGGUGAAAAAGACAAUAUUACUGUAAGUCCAGCAGAACCUGCAACUUCUCUUACACCUCAACCUCCAGUAAAUCGCCCAGAAGGAUCUGUUGUUCUGAAAGUUCAUGGAAUUUCAGAAGCAGGACCACAAGUCAAGGAAGAAUUAGUUCAAGUUCUCCAAAAUCGUUUAGAUGAUGCUGUUCUGGAAGUUUUAUCUAUAAUGUUAGCUCGUAAUCCAAUGUGCAAGCUCACACCUGAUGAUGUUCACUUCAUACAGAAACCUCAUCAUACCCCAGAAUCAGAUUAUUCCCAACCAGAAUCCUCCAAGAAACGUGUUACAGAGAGUGAUUUAUUUCUUUAUAAUCAAACACCAGCAUGUGGAAACAGAGGCAUUGCAUGUAUUGCUCUUGCUGUUGUUGACAGUCCAGGCAAUUUGGUACAAUACUCUCAUUACCCAAAACCAUUUACAUGUGCCUACAAAGAAUCUAUGUGCAAAGAAGACUUUGCCUCUCUUACCAGUGCAUCAACAUAUAUUCCAGAUGAAAAUACCAUAGAACCAGAUCCUGCUGCCCUGGUAGAAUUUCGCAUUUGGAAACAGGGCCGAGUAAAUAUGGAAUAUCUGACCCAAAAGUUAUGUGCUGCAGUUAGGCAUUCGACAUGGGAUCUGCUCACAGAAUUUUGUUUGCUGACUGCUCCUUUAACUCAAAAUGCAAGCUCAAUGGAUUCAUCACCAUCCCACUUAAAAGUCGGAGAGUCAACUGAAGUAGCAGAGGAUGCAUCACUUUCCACUGCAUCAGAAAUGCAAGAUGAAAGUCAAGCAUGUGAGGCUGAUGCAGCGGAGGUUUUUGAGAGUGAAGAAAAUUAUUUUCUUCAUGAAGUAUAUCAAAACACAAUGCAACCAUGGUUAAAAUUUGCUGUUGAGCUCUCUGUCCCAGCAGUUAAAAAACACACAGUGGAUUUAUGUGCCAGACAUUCUUUGGCAGUCAUGGUGAAGGAGGUUCAGAAUCUUGUGAAAAUCAAUGCCACUGAUACAAGUGCUGUUGUUUUCUAUCCAACUUUGAAUCCUGAAACAAACAAGUUAAUGUUCACUCUUUCACAUGAUACAAAAUUUGAAAAUACUUUUUCCCAUUCAGAAGAAAGAUCUUACUGUCUUGUCAUUGGUCGAAAUGUUGAUCAGUGGAGAGCAUGUGUGACAGAUGAUGGUACUUUUGAUCAAGAUGUUCUUUUUCCAAAAGCUCAAAAAGUUUUUCAGAAAUUUCCACCAUUGCUAGUAACACAUAUAUCUGGGUCAGGAAGCACGCAGUUUGUACCACGUCAAAGAUUUCUUUUGGCAGUUUUAACAAAUCAGCAAAUUACGAUGUAUACAUAUAAUUGGUCCAAAGAAAGAGUUGAAAAUCUAAAUAUACAAGCAAAAGAUUUGGGUCAUUGGCUAAGUGCACGCUCCAGUCUUUUGACUAGUAUACUGAUGCAAAAAAUGGGAUUAUUUCACAAAAUGGAAAUUGUUCGAAAGCAAGAAACAACUUCCCAGGUUGCAAAUCCUUACACAUCACGUGUUGUUGAUUUAGAAGAUCUCAUAAAAUUUUCACCUAGUUCAACAAUUUUAAAAGACACUGCCCCAAGAAGGCAAGGUUUAGGUACUAAUUAUGGAGGUCUUGUUCCUGGUUUAUUGAGCUCUGCUCUACAUGAUGUAUUUCGAGAUUCAAAACCUAGUCGCCCAAUGCAUCGUAUGUCAUACCAUCCAGAUCCUGUGGUUCGCAAUGCAUAUCAGUUGCAAGAUACUCGUCAAAGAGAUAAAAGAGAUGACCAGAAGAAGCUGUAUGUAAUGUGGCAUACUCGAGUGGCCACACCCAAUAUUCCUUUAGCUGAAGAUGUUGUCCAUUUGUUCAAACAGCAUUCUCGGGUGAUCCAUUAUUGUUUAACACCAUUGCUUUUCCUUCCAAGUGUUAGACCUGGUGGGACCAAGGCAAAAGAAGUGCAUUACAAAGAAUAUCCAGAAAGUAAUGUCUGUUAUCUUCAAAAAUCCAUUUUAGGAGGAAUUUUACUAUUUGAAAUUUCAAUGUGUGAACCAUUCUUUGUUGCAAAAUUGCAUGCCUUGGAGUGCUCUCGUCUUCAGUCAAAAACAUCAAGUGCAUUGGUUUCUCAGUUCACCCUAUCAUUUCUUGAUGAAUGUGAUAAAAUAAAAAUUCUCAUGCAUCUGCAUUCAUUUGCUUACGAUUAUCACCUACGAAGUAUAAGUUCUUAUGUGUCUGGGCACCAUGCAAUUCUGAAACAGGGUUACCAUCUGACCCAUUUCUUGGAUGAUUUUCUAAAAUAUUAUUCAAAGGCACCAAACUUCGCAAGAAACCUUGUUUAUGCUGAUAUGCUUUCUGUGAGCAAUGUUACUACUCCACCUCAACAACUUUUUAACUACCUUCUGAGCCAUGAGAAAGUGUACAAAAUGGAAGUAUUCCGUAUGGCACCUGUAACUCAUGAAACCGACUCUUCUGUUGACAAUGAAUAUGUUCUUGUGCAAUUAGAAAAUAUGCCUCAUGUCACGUAUAGAGAUGCUCAUGACAUGAGUCACACUGAUGAAUUUAGUGUCACUCUCAUUGUUUCUCAUGAUUCAGUGCCACAUGAAAAACAGGAUAUCACAGAUCAGUCAACAUUACAUUUGAAGUAUUAUAUCAUUUUAACUAGUACAAGACAGGAAUCUGUGAACUACCUCGGAUAUUAUUCAUCACAUGAGCAACUUAUGCAUGAACUGAUACUGGAAAGAGCAUCAACAGCACAGAAAUGUAUACAAGAUAUGUCAUCUUCAGGACUCUCUUACAAUGAAUUCUGUGAACUUCGACUUGUGUGCUGUGUAUAGUAAGCCUCUGCAAGAAAAGAAACAGACAUCUGAUCAAAUGGAAUUUUGUGUAGCAGAUAUUCAGUCACUAGUUGAAGGAUUUGUUAAUGCUUGUUGCUUUCAUUUAUGGGUGAGUUUAUUGUAAAUUUCGUGAAUAUUUAAGAUUUUAUUUUAUACAUGUGUUCCUGCAGAUUUUGCUUAUAUUUUUUAUGAUAAUCCAUUCAAGGAUAUCUUUAUGUAUGUAUGUGUACAGGUUUUACAAAAAUGUAGAGUUGGUACUUCUGAUUUAUGUACAGUAUAAGGGGUUACAAAUCAUGUACAGUGUGGAAAUGAUUUUCCCAAAUUGUAAAAUGUAUUGACAUGUAUAAAGUUUACUUUAAUGGUGAUUAUGGUGUGCUACAUAUAGUGAAUUAUUGUAAGAAAAAAUGGAGUAUAGUGUACAUUUUCAUUAUGUAAUAUUUUAUUUUGUUUAUAAAACAAACAUUUUAUUCAAAAUGAAUUGUGUAUGAGAGAUUUUAAAAUAAAUCUCUCAGAAUAAACGUAAAACUGCUAAUGACCAAAUUCUAUCUUGUGAUGUAGUUAUACUUAGUUUUAUUUUUGUUCAAUAUGACGUGAUCAUUUGCUAAUCCAGAUUGAAUUAUGAACAUUGAAAGAAAGACAAAUGUUUACUAUAAAAUUGUUUUCCACUUUUCUGUAUGUUUUCUUAGUGCUGUUCAUAACAUAAUGUUAAUAAUAUAAUGAAUCACUCAAAAGUAAAACAUUAUCUACCAAAAGUCAGCAUAUUUGAUAUUGCUAGAAUAAGAGUGACAUACACGAUAAAUAAGCAUGGCUGUUAGGUAGGUCUUAAAAGAGUUUUGUAACAUUCUGAGUACCAAAAGUUGAAAAUGAAUAAAGGAAAUUCUGUUAUUAAAUAUUGCAUGGGCCACAUUUUUAUAUUUUAAAGUUCAAUUUGUGAGUUACAAAGUGUUUGUGUUGGCCAAAAUUAUGAGGAUCUAUAUAAAAAUUUAAAAAAAAUCAAGUUUUGUUGGAAAUGAGUGACAUUAUGGGAGUGUGUAUACGUAGUGAGGGGUCUCUGAAAUUGAUUGCUAAAAUGAAGCAGGAUUUGGAGAGUGACCCAUUGAUCAUUUUGUGGUGGGAAACAAAGUCUUGCUGGAGCCACAUUUGUUUCUGCAAUUAAUUUUCCCAGAGUGCUUAAGUAUGUUCAUGUAUAGAACCUUAUUAAUUGUUUCAUCAGAAAUGCAACUUGUACCUAAGUUUGCAGAAAACUGUCUCUUUUAGGUCUCUAGCUUCUAAAUGCCAUUCCAAAAUGUAUUUUGUAGCUCUUUAGUUCAAUUAAUAUGUGCAACUUUUUCUAACAAACAGUGUUCAGUGGGUCCUUUUCCUGACUUCAUAUACAUAACUAUGGCAAGAUUUAUUAGACACACCUCUUAUAUUUGUUUAAACAUAAAUGUAUACAGCUGUGAAUCAAAAAAAUUACAAAUUUAAUAAAUACUUUUCUGGAAGGUUGUGUCAAAUAUUUUUAGUAAAAAUGUUCUGAUGAUUGGAUUAGGUCAUAAUGAAAGGAAAGAAAUAGUUACAGACUAAUACAACACUUACAGAAUAAUUUGUUUAAGCUCAGAAAAUUAAAAUUACAGUUGUGAUUUAUACAUUUUAAGGUCCAAUUAAUUCAAAGCAUUUCUCUUUGUAAGAAAUAAAUCUAUGUUACACAUUAGAAACAUUCUAAUCCAAUUACAUAUUUUUGCCAGUGGGCAAAUGUAAAUUCAGAUAUCAGUAUUCUAUCAUGAUUUUCAAAAUGUUACCAUAUUUUCAAAACAUAAAGUACAUUAUUUACAUUUCUUUCAUAUUCAAGUCCGUACCUAAAAGUUUUUAUGGUGUGAAAAGUUGACGACUUGCAUGCCUGGGUUUAUGUGGUACAUAAAACAGUUUCCGAUUACUCUAUUGGGCAUUUCUGGAAAAUUUAAAUAUCCAUGAAGUCAAAAGCACCAACUCAGAGUGCAGCAGAUUCUGAAACCAGUGCCUGCAAUCUAGAGGUCAAAUUAAAUAUACAUAUUGGCUGACAGCACCCUUGGAGAAAGCAAUGGCUAAUAAUUUAAGGAACAAAUUGCCCAGGAAUCUCAGUGAAGGAAGCAAAGAAUUUGACUGAGAUGCAAAUUUGUCUUUAGGCACAAGACCCACAUAAUACAGGUAUUAUUAUCAAUUACUUUAUUUGCAGAAUAAUUGUUUGAAAUAAAAAGUGAGAUUUAACAAUGUUUAAAUACAGUAGAACCUCUGUAAUCUGAACUAAUUGUGGUUGUGGUCUGUUUGGAUUCGAAAAUGUUUGGAUUAUCCUAAAAAAAUGUACCAUACAUAUACAAAUACAUCUAUAGGAUUACCAGACAAUGCAAUGUAGCGUACGAUGUGAGAAAAUAGCUAUGUAGCGUAUCAUAAUCACAUCGCAUCAUCAAGCAGAUUCAGUUCCUUUAAGUGAAAGUUACUGCUACGUAAACAGGUGAUACACACUGUAGUUACCAGCAAUAAAUGUUUAAUUUCAACAACUUGUGUUUCAAUAAUUGUUUGUUCAGUUAUACAGUAAUUAUAAAAUCCUUUCUUUACCCUCCAAAUAAGUAU